AUGAGAACGAGGGAUAUCCCGCUGGUCGUGCUUUACGCGUCUCUGACGGCGACGGGAGCGAUUCUGGCCCUCGCCGAGUAUACCUCGAUAAUACGGACGACGGGCGGGCCCUUGCGCGGCGAAAUUUUGAGGACGGCUCGCAAGUCUCAGGAGUACGCGUCUUUCAAGGGGAUCCCCUACGCCGAGCCGCCGCUCGGACAUUUGAGAUUCAAACCUCCAGUGGAAAAGAGGAGCUGGACCGAUGUGCUGCUCGCGGUCAACGAGUCCGACGUCUGUCUCCAAAUAAGCAUGUGGAAUUUCAGCACUUUCGGCUCCGAAAAUUGUCUCUACAUGAGCGUCUUCACCCCGCAUACGCUAUUCGGGGACAAUGUCAAUCACUCGAAAGCCGUGAUGGUUUACAUCUACGGAGGUGCCUAUCAAACCGGCUACGCCAAUACCGAGCAGUACGGGCCGGACUAUUUAAUGGAAAAUGACGUGAUAAUGGUAUCGUUCAAUUAUCGUUUGGGAGCCUUAGGUUUUUUGAAUUUGAACCACGAAAACGCCACCGGCAAUGCGGCCCUCAAGGAUCAGAAUUUAGUCCUGCGCUGGGUGAAGAAAAACAUCGCAGCUUUUGGUGGCAAUCCCAAUAGAGUGACUCUCUUCGGCCACAGCAGCGGGGCUGUCUCCGUCGAUCUUCACGUGCUCUCGGAAAUGUCAGCUGGACUCUUCAGUAGAUCCAUAUCGAUGAGUGGCUCGCCCUUCUGUUUCUACUGGGGAUUCGAGAGCAACGCCGAGGCAGAGUUCCAAGCUCUGACAUUGGUGAAGAGUCUGGGUAUCGUCACGAGGAAUAAAAGUCGAAUGCUCGAGCGACUGUACGAUGUGCCGGCUAAAGAAAUACUGAAGAAUAUGCUGGCCCUGAAUUACUUGGGUUACCGGCCGACAGUCGAAAGGACAAAACCCGCGACCGGUGAGAGAUUCUUGAAGCGUUGCCCACUCGACUAUUAUUUAUCCGGCAAAUAUAACAGAAUGCCUCAUAUUAUGGGUCUUACCUCCUUGGAAAUGAUAAGUUAUCCUAGAGGUAUUAUAUUUUUUCUGCUGAAAAACCUUUUGAAAAACACCUUGAACAUAACUUUCGGCAUUGAGAGCAACAUCUUCAAAGACAUUGAAAAACUCAGCAAGGAAAGAGUCUCGGAGAGGCCGAGGAAAAUAUUCAAUGAAUUGCUGACAAUAACCUCGGAAUACAUCUACGAUAUUGGCAUCGAUACGAAGCAGCGAUUAAUGGCUAAGAGGAACGGCUACCCGAUUUAUUAUUACAAAUUUAUUCAAAGCUCGGGUAUAUUUCAACGAGGAAACAAUAUUUUUAAUCUCACUGGUGUAGGGCAUGCAGAAGAUUUACCCUUUUUGUUCCACAUUCCGGUGGCUGAACUUGCCUUCAACGAUUCCAACACAAAUGCCAUGAUCGACCGAUUCACAAGACUCAUAACGAAUUUCGCCAAAUACGACAAUCCCACACCGCCGUCUGCCGAGCCGGCCGAUAUUCCCUGGCCCGAUUCCGGCCCCCAGGGCAAACACAUGGUACUGAGCCCGAAUCCGAAAAUCGUAGCUGCCAGACCGCUGAGUAAACGAGCCGCCGCGCUUGAGAAAUUAUUGCGCGCUCGCUACGGGACCGCUUUUCUCAACGGCUGCAAGACGUGA